GUGUUGGCCUCAAUUGAAAUUCUGGACAUUGUUGGUGACUCGGUAUCGAUGAACAGGUGCAGCGUGGUUCACUGCCGUAGUUUUCAACAAUAAAGAAGUCUGGAAUGCGGGACGUGGUUCUGAGCACAUCGAAAGAAAUAACUGCCUGUCAAAUUUGCUCGUGAGAUGGGCCCUGAGAGUACGAACGACCCACCGUGCGGCAGUGAUUGGAUGAACAUUGAGCACGUCCCCGACGACACAACGUCGAGCGAACAUGAAAUAAGAUAUUCUAUAUGGUGGAUGUUUGGUUACAGUUCGACUUCCCGAGAUGCCGCACGGAUUUCCAAUGUCCGAUCGGUGUUUGGUUUCAGUAAUAUUGUUUCUUCGAUUUUAUUCAAUGUAUAUCCCUCAAAUAUCCCUAGCGACUUUGUAAGGAAAGGCAAUCUACAUUCUUCAGCAGUCCAGAGGGGGUUACGCUUCAAGCCCUGCUCUAAUGCCCAACUCGCAAGGCAAAAAUGGGAGAGGUGUUGUUGGUCCGAACACACGAGAUUCAGCACUCGGACUCAGGAGGGUUUCCGUUUUAAACACUCUGCACUUCAAGUGGUCUGUCACGAACCAAGAUCCAGAAACCAUCCGUUUUCAUCUCUUGAUCAAGGCCAUUGCCCUCUUCAAUGCAAAUAACAUGACGAGGCAAUGCUGCUCAUCAAAGAGCUAGCUGCCGCUCGUCCGAAUGCUGAUACCCUCGGAUGUCGCAUCGUGUGAAGCAUAUCUACGCGUUCAGCUCGGAACCAAGGCCUUGGAUGGUUUAUUCCAGGGC